UACACUCAUUGUUGCUUCUGAACUCUGGCAGUUGGGUUAUGGGGUGAACGGUUUUCAAAAACCCCUUUUUUUUCUCUUCUUUGUGAUGUACUAAAGAAAAAGUACCUUGGGAGCAACUGUUGAAAAGUUCCUCAGGGAAAGUUGUUCAUUACUUGCAUAAAGUGUAACAAAAUGAGGGAAAUCAGGUGGAUAAACAGUGGUGUCCUGUGCCACAUAAUCUCAAAGCAACACAGGAAAAGCCUUAAGUAUUGCAGAAGUUAAACACCUGAGAAUUAAAUCAGGAAAAAAUAAUUUACAGACCUAAGGCACAUUGUUCAUUGAACAAGAGGCUCUCAACACAUCACUGGGAUGUCUGAUCCCAAACGGGAUAGAGACAGUGAUCGGGACUCCCUCACCGAUUGGACUCUGGUGGACAGAGAAGGUACACCAGAAGAUAUCUCAAAUGAUGGUGCUCAGCAAGAAGAGGAUGAAGAUGGUGCAGAGUCCACUAUUACCCCAGAGGGAGCUACUGCACAAGGUGAAGAUGAGGAGGAGGAAGAUGAUGUAGAAGAAUCUGAAGGCGGUAGUGAAGAGGAAGCAUUGUCAGAUGAUCUAGUAUCACUGGGCCAGAAGGUGCAAGAGAUCAAGGGUGAGUCCAUCAAGGCAUCACUAGUCAUACGGUAUGAGAGGAUAUCAAAGAAAACCCCUGCCUUUCUUGUAUCAGUCUCCAACCCUCACUUCUCUAAAGCAUCUUCGGGGUCGGACUCCAGUGACAUUGAGACGCUCGAGUGUCCAGAUCCUGGAGAAUUUUACGAGGACCACGCCUUGGCCUGCAAUUCCAUGAACUCCUCCUUGUUCUCCUCCUCCUCCCUACACAGUUUUACCUUUGUGGGGGGUUCAGAGGAGGGAGAUGUUGAGAGUCUUGCGGGUACUGAUAUUUCUGUACUAGAUGCAGAGAAGGAGAAGCUUGCUGAUGAGGAGACUGACCUCUCCUUAGCAUCCUCACCUUCCCUCCCAGAUGAUCUUCCGGCAAUUAAGCCAGACACUCAGUACAAACAUACACCAGACAAAGAUCUCAACAGCCGUCUCAAUAUUGUUGUGGCUUUAACCUUGGCAUGUGUACUGGGACUUGGCUUAGGACAUUUUCUUGGACUAGUGGCUCUGUCAGUGGGUGGAGGAUCACAAGGUUGGUCAAGCCGGUCGGUAUGGCACGAAAGUAUGAGCUCAGCACAGGUACGUAGGCUGCGUGAACUGCAAGAUGAUCUGGUGUCCUGCAUGAACACACCUAUCCAAGCUUCCUCACAUCCAUCCCCAGAAUUUUCAGUUGAUUCUCCUAUUAAGGAUCACUAUCAAGCAGAACUAAACUCAGAUAAUCCUGACUACCAAAGUGACACUUACAUUCCCGUUCUGACUGAUGGAAAUGGAGAUGGUUUAUUAGAUGUUGAGUCAUUUGUAGAAUCUCUUGUAAUGCCAUUAGAAGAUGCUGGAGUUGUGCUUAACCCAAGUAGGAGACAAGGUGGCAUGUCAUUUUUGCAUAGCAAGCCUGAGGGCCCUAAACUAACUGAUCCAACAUUUGCCACACCCGAACUCAUUCACAGUAAGCCAAAAUUUAUAUCUAAUCUUCAAACGGGAUCUGUUAAAGAGCUGCCAGAAAUACUAAAUGAAAUUCCAAAACCCAGUGUAAUGGCUGACACAGAAAUAUUAUUACCAGUAGUAGAUGCAGAGUUUCCUCCAGCUCCACUUCCUGUAUCAUCGGAUAAUACAGAAGCUUUCUCUGAAGUGCAAGAAACUGAUUCAGUACCACAUAGCAUCCUUUCCAGAGAUGCUAAUGUAUUCUGUGGAAGUUCCUCUACUGUAGGGUUGCAGCAGCUUGACCAGUCCCUAAUGAGUGGUUGUGCUUCAUCCCUUGUACUUGAUGAUGCCUUGUCAAGCAGAGUGGAAGAGGACAUGUCUUCUGGUUUGCCCUCCUCUGUAGGAUUAGAAGCUUUGCAGGUUCUUGAUGAAAUCAACUUGGAGAAUGAAAACCUUGAAUCAGAAAUUAUUCGACUUCAGCGGGAAAACAUUGCUCCUAUUAAGAUACGUGGGAAAGAUGGCAAGUAUGCACGAAACCUGAGAGAAAAAAUUAACCGUCUGAUUAUUGACAAUGAAGAACUGCGAGCAGCUGUUGGGAAACUUCAGUAUGCUGACCUACCAGAUGGAGAUGCAACUGCUUUCACCUCUGCCCUUGAAAAGAACUAUAACCUACGACUUGCUGUUGGCAAGCUUACUCAUCUAGGUCCUGAUCUAAGUGCAUUGAGAGUAUCUUCGAAUGAUCUUCAAACAGAGAAUGAAGAACUAAAGAUUAAAGUUGGUAAGCUUCGUUAUCAGCAGCAACCAUUGCCUCAGGAGUUGAAUGCUGUAGCUCGAGAUGUAGAGAAGCUAAGGAAAACAAUAGAAGAAGCUUCACAGAAGAAGAAAGUGCCACCCAACCUUAACAAUGCAAAGACUUAUGUAUCAUAUAUGUCUCAGAUUUUGUCUGCUAUUCACACCUUGCAUGAGUUUGGAGAAGGAAGUCUUGUAGAGAAAGUAGAUGUUGCUACAGAUAUCUUUGAAGAUUUGGCUCCAGGAAGUAUUAAGCUGAAUUCCCAAUUAAGGCAGAAACUUAAUGUUGCUCGAGCUAGAUUUUCUCAAAUUCAGGCAUCGUUAUCAAGAAAGUGGGAAAAGCUUAAGGAACUUAGCCAACCAGAUAAAAUGGCAGCUGUUGGCCGUGACACCCUGGCAAGAAUGAAUCGUGUGAUUGUUAAUGUUGUAAACAAGGUGAAAGAGAUUGGACGUAGCAACAUCCUGAGACGUGGCAAAACAUCAAUAGAGAAGACUCUCAGCACAUUCACAGAUCAACUCACAGCUCUUGGAUUACAAUUUGAUAAGACCUGGAAAGACUUAGAGGGUGAAGUGGUUGUGAAAUCUGAUGAAGCUGCAGAUCUUACUGCUGAUGAUGACAACAAAGAUGAUAAGAAUAAAAACAAAGAUGCUAAGAAUAAAAACAAAGAUGCUAAGAAUAAAAACAAAGAUGCUCAGAAUAAAAACAAAGAUGCUAAGAAUAAAAACAAAGAUGCUAAGAAUAAAAACAAAGAUACUAAGAAUAAAAACAAAGAUGCUAAGAAUAAAAUAAAAUAUACAGGUACAGAAGAUGUGGUGGAAAUUGUACCAAAGAAAAGAGAGGUACCUGAAAGUGAAGUUAAAAAAGAAUUGCUGGUGGACAAGGAGGAUGAAGAAGUAGGAAAUGGAAAAGUCAAGAAGGAGCCUCACAAAGAAGCAGUCCCUAAAGAGGAAGAAGUAGUUAGCGUGAAAGCUAGACAAAAACCUGUAGUAAAAGUAGGAGCCAAGAAAGAUUUUCAAGCUGAGGAUGUUGCUUCAGAACAGUCUUCUAAAGCCGAAACAAAGUCUCACAAGGGGAGAGAAGGAAAACGUAGAGGAGGAGGAGAGGAUAAGAAGAAAAUACCAGAUGACAAGAGAAAGAAUGUAGCUAAAAAAAUAAAAGAAAAGGUGGAAGAGAAAAAGCAAGAGAGCAAGCGUCACAGAUCACGAAGAAACAGGAUCAGCCAAAAGGAAGAAAAGAAGGUUAAAAAGGAGGGAGAAUCCCAGAAAGAGGAGUCUAAUAAAAAGCAGAAUGACAAGAAAAAUAAAAAAUCAGAAGAGAAACACGAUGGUCAUGGCAAUCAUAAUGACAAAUCACGGAAUUAUCAUCAGAGAAAUGAACGGGAUAGAAAUAUUAAAGAAAAGGAUGAAAACCAACGAUACUACAAAGGACACUACAAUAAAUACGAUAAAAAACACCAUUAUGAUGAUGACGACGAUGAUGACGACGACGAUGAUGACGAUGAUAGUCAUAGAUUUAAGAGAAAGCACCAUAAGAAAAAGUAUUACGAUGAUGAUGACGAUGAUGAUGAUGAUGAGGACGACAAGUACAAGAAGAAACACUAUAUCACAUAUGACGAUGACGAUGAGGAGGAUAACAAUAAAAGAAAAGGAUUGAUGCGCCACUGGCAGAAACCAUCUAAGAAGAAUUACCAUAGAGAAUAUUCUGGGCCUAAGAAAACAUUUAUCCGACGACGUGGUAAGAAUCACACCCAGCACUACAGCGGAGAGUGGGUUAGUAGGAGAGCAACAGGUCGUGAGCACAAACGCAAAGAGGAGCAUAAGUCUGACUGGUUGUUUGACCGAGCAAAGGAUAGAAGUAACUUAAGAGAGAGUGAACAAAAGGCAGAUUGGCAAUUUAGCAGAGCACAAGGAAGGAAGGAUAUGAGAUUUCAGGAUGAAUAUGAGACGAGCAGGCUACAUGACUAUGACAGAUAUGACCACAAUAGGAAUGGAAAGCAAGAGACCCAUAGACAGUAUGUAAGAUUUGAGGAUGAGGAUGAUGAUGAUGAUGAUGAUGAUGAUAAUCAUUAUUAUUACCAUAAGCAGCAGGAAAAAAGAGGUAGACAUGGGCAUCAUGGAUACAAUAAGAGGAAGGGUCAUCAGGAGUGGGUUAUUCCUAAUUUUAGUGCAACAGGAAAAACGUAUUACCGUUAAGUAGAAUCUUCCAGGUUCAUUGUAGCUAGCUCUCUUUAUAUGUUAGUAUAACAAAUAUAUUCAGGGGAAUAUAUGCAGGGGAACCAAUUAUAUAAACAGUGUCAUGUUUCUUAUAGAAUACUGUAACUUUUACAAACUACAUUUCAUUGCAAAGAAUAUGGCUAAAUAUCCCUUUAAAUAUUGACCAUUACUGUAAAUUUAUUAUCUGCUCUUAGCAGGUGAUGUUAUUGCAUACUUUUACUCCUGAUUAAAGGCAAUUACUGUGACUAAUAGUUUCUUGUAGGUAUUAAGUAGAUCUAUUUCACGCUCUAUAAUCUAAACUUCACCAAAACGUAGUCCUCACAUAUUUCUUAAUCAUUAAUGCAGAUUACACUCUGGAUGCUUACAGUGUGGAACAGGAGUAAGUGUGUAGAAGUUGAAUGUAUGAAUGAUUUUUUAUAAUCAAUACCAAAGAUGUUUUACAAAAAAUUUGAGUAUUGAACAAGGGGAGUCAGAGGUGAAGAAGAAACAAAAGCAUAUUAUUUGGUGAGUAAUAUUCCGAAAGCUUUAUACCCUAUCAUGUACUCCCAUUGGAAAUCUAAUUUUUCUCUGCUUCAAUUAAUAUUUGUCAUUAUAACAGUACCCAGUUUUCAAGCCAGAUAGCCAAAUAAAUUAUUAUUAAAUUAAAGAUGUUGAUUACACGACUGAUACAGUAAACACAACUUAACAUUGAAACUAAAUGGAUUGGUGCCAACAAUAGUGAAGAAAAGAACACUUAGCAAAACAAGCUAUUAUGGGGACACUGUUUUGAUCUAGUCAGGAUCUUAACAGAUCAAAACCUUGUCCCACUACUGUAUAAGCUUGUUGUGCAAAGCAAGACUUUCCACCACACCCUCACAUUAUUGUUACUGGUACAAGUCUAUGCAUUUUGUAUUCCUAAUGUGUUUACUGAAAAUGUUUUGUAAAUAACAACUGCUUGUAAUUCACUGAUCAGUACUGAAUGUCACUGAGGUGAGAAUCAGUUACUAUCAAUUUUGUCAUUGGUGAAUGCUGUAUAUAUAAGAUGACACAGGCAUAGGAAGCAAAUAAUAUUAUAUAGUGGCUGAAAUAUAAGUAGGAGAGAAAAUAAGGAAGCUUUCUAGCUUAUUCAAAAUAUAAAUUAGUUACUGUAACAUAAAAUGUAAAUAUUUAAAGCUGACAUAAGUAUGGUGGUGCCAUUCUGACAAUAGUGUACCAUAUAUGUAGUAGCAUCUUGAUUUGGUAAAGUGUGAUAUCUCAGUACACUUCUUUAUUACUGUGGAAUAACUUUCAUUGAAAGCGACCAAAAGGACUAAAAUCUAUACUUGUGUACUUUUAAAAGGAAUGCUGCUAAUACUUAAUAUUCUUAAAUGCACGAAAAUUGGAUAUAAGUAUUGUUUUCACUUGUAACAAUUGUAACUUUAUUAACAAAACCACAAAGACUUGUCACAGUUUUAUCUAAGCACUGCACUAUUGAUGUUGCUGUUGAGCUGCAGAGUGGUAAGGUCUGUGGCAUUAGCAAAUAAUUGUGAAAUUGUUCAUGGGCUAAAAAUAUUAAAAGAUCUCUACAAUACACAAAUACAAAAUACAAAAGCUAAAAAUGUUCUUUGUUCAGCAAGUCUCUAUUUUAUUUUCAUAUAUUCUGUACUUUGAAUCCAGCAAUAUAUUUCUGUUUUAUAAAACUUUUAUAUUUAAUUGUGGAAGGUUUAUGUUGAGGAUUGCAAUGUAUUAAAGUAACCUAUCUAAGAAUAUUCAGCAUGUUAAAAAUAGAUUUGUGUGUGUUCAGAAGGUCUUGAGCAAUCAUGUAUUGUAAUGCUAAUCCAUAUUCUUAAAUAGUCUUCCAUAUUCAUCCUGAUAAGCACCCCAAGAUCAUUACAAAUUAUACAGUGAAUACACUUUAAAACAUCCUACACUUCUUUCUUUCUUUCUUUCUUUCUUUCUUUCUUUCAACACACCGGCCGUAUCCCACCGAGGCAGGGUGGUCCAAAAGGAAAAACGGAAGUUUCUCCUUUUACAUUUAGUACUAUAUACAGGAGAAGGGGUUAUCCUACACUUCAUUGGUAUUAAUUAUAAAAAUGCUCAUUUUAAACCAUUUAUUAUAGAAAAUAAUUCAUACAGGAAAUAUUUUUUUUUAAUUUACUGAAAUUACAAUAAUAAUAUACGUGUUGUAAAAGUCAACUAAAAUGCCGGGAACAAUGGGCUAGUAACCCCUUUUCCUGUAAAGAUUACUAAAAAGAAUAAGAAGAAAACAGUGAUUAUGUGUGAGUGAGGUGAAAGUGUUGAAUGAUGAUGAAAGUAUUUUCUUUUUGGGGAUUUUCUUUCUUUUUGGGUCACCCUGUCUCGGUGGGAGACGGCCGACUUGUUGAAAAAAAAAAAAUUAACAAUACGUGAGAAAGUGCCAUUAGAAGUAUUAAUAUUACUUAUCAUGCUAGAUAUCCCUAAGAUAGAAUGACAAUACUAUGUAUCCUGAAAAAGUGCAAAACAUUUAUCAGGCUUCCAUUUUAUACUUGUAUGGCAGGAUGAUAGUACCUGCAUGAGGGUAAUUUCUAUCUACAUGUAUCAGUAUAGUGCAGUAUAAUUACCAAUAUAAAACGUUUUUUUUUUUAAUAAAUUCCCAUUUAAAUUGAUAAUGCACUUUUAAAGUUAAUGGAAAGUGAGUUUUUUUUAUACUGCAAAGUGGAGUUAAUGGACAAUUGGUCUAGUUUUAAGUAGUUGGUUGCUUUUGUGUUAUAUUCCUUGCACUAUCUUGUUGAAGUCAACUGACUAGAUGUUGCAUACUUGAUCAGAAGGGUUGUUCUAAUGUAGCUAACUGCUGGUAAGUUUAAAUUAAAAACAUGAUGUUUAAAAAUUUUGUAUAUGGGGAGCUAUUUUUUUUAGAAAUGGGGUACUCCUUAGGACUAAUAUGGUGUCAAAAAUGAUAAAAUACCUGUGGUCCUAUUUGUUGUAUACUGUGUAAAGUAAUAUUAUUGGAGAUAGGAAAAAGAUAUGCUGCUUAUUUUGUUCCUACUUACCCUUAAAAAAAAAAUGUUAAUUGGGGGGCAUAAUCUUCUCUGGGUUUCCUAUGCCUGUAAUGUAUAAAUCUUAUCACCUGUCAUAUAUGAAAGUGGCACCUGUUUCAGUAAUUGUGUGAUCUAAAAAAUGACAUAAGGAUGAUUUGUAGUAUAAUGUACCUGUAUUAGGUAAAUGUUCAUGGAAGUUAUCUGAAACAUGUUUCAUGACUUUGCUGAUUAGUUUUAAAUAUUUGAUUUCAUUGAUUAUAUACUCUAUAUAUAUGCAUAAAACAUUUUUGAGUCAGGUUUAGAUGAUUCAUUAUUACUGGGUAAAAUUUUAUUACAAGUAGAAGACUGUUGGAGAAUGUUUAUUAUAUUUUGUGAAUGAUGAUGCUGAAAGUUCAUCUAACUGAUUAUUUGAAAAAAUUGAAGUCUUGCUCCUAUCUAUUGUGCACUACUGUAUUUAGCAAGCUGUUCCAUAUACAGUAUCUAACUUCAUUAUUUUCAUUCCAGAUGACUAAGCCCUCGAUGUCCUUUCAUAAAUAAUAAAUCAUAUUGGAAGGAAUGUUUUCCUGCAAAAGGUGCGUUACCAAUAAAAUGAUGUAUAUAAUCCUAACUUCAAACAAUUUAUAGAUAUUCAUUUUAUUACUGCAGUUCAUCAUUGUCAGUUUGUCAGUUUAUUAACCCAUUGGAUUGUUAGCUUUAAGAACUCGACAAUAAUAGAUUAGAACAUUUAAAACGUUUUGCUAAGCUUUGACACUUACGGUAACUGCAGUAUGUAGUAGUUGACUGGACUUUCCUGAGCUUAGUAACUUCAGUUUUCAUGAAGUCCUAUUCAGCUACAUUGAAUAGUGAGGUGUGGGUGUGUGUGUUUAUAUUUUUUUUCAGUGUUGGCCAUAUCCCACCAAGGCAGGGUGACCAAAAAGAAAAAAACUUACCACUUAAGCCUAGUCUGUUCUUCAAUAAGUACAUGUUGAUUACCAAUCAGUGGCCCACCAAACAACAGCAUCAGUACCAGGCUCUCAAAAAUGCAGGCACUGUACUUCCCAUUCUAACAUUCUUAAGUUCAGUAACCUGGUUUCCUUAUUAUACUCUCACUCCAUCAGCACAUUGAUCCCCAAAAUCCAGUUACCUCCACUCAUUGAUUUCACAUGCUCACAAAUGCCUUCUGGAUGCUCAAGCUCUUACCUCAAAACAUUCCCUUCUUGCUUCAACCCUUUACUUUAAUUUUUAUGUAAACAUUCUCUCCACCCCAGAUUUAUGCACCCGUCUUUCUCCCAUUCUACCCGACCAAACCAUCUCAACCCCUUUCACUUCUUGAAUUGUACCUUUGAUACCACUGCAUAGUUUUUUUUUUUUUUUUUUUUUUUUUUUUUUUUUUUUUUUUUUUUUUUUUAUGCUUUGCAUAAUAUUCAGCUAGGCAUGGCAUUACCACUGCCUCCAGCCUCUUUUCUGCAACACUCAAAAGCCUGUGCUUCACUUCCAUACAAAAACCACUGGCACCACAAUACUUUUGAUACAUUCCCUUUUUUGGCAUUCAUUAACAAACUUCUUUUCUUCCAUAGACUUUGGAACAGCUUGUAUUUUCUUUCCAUCAUCUAUUCUGGGAUGCCUACUGUCAUUCUAGCCCCAUCUUCCAGACCCAUCUUCCACUUCCAGAUUUUUUUUUUUUUUUUCAACAAGUCGGUCGUCUCCCACCAAGGUAGGGUGACCCAAAAAAGAAAGAAAAUCUCCAAAAAGAAAAUACUUUCAUCAUCAUUCAACACUUUCACCACACUCGCACAUUAUCACUGUUUUUGCAGAGGUGCUCAGAAUACAACAGUUUAGAAGCAUACACAUAUAAAGAUACACAACAUAUCCCUCCAAACUGCCAAUAUCCCAAACCCCUCCUUUAAAGUGCAGGCAUUGUACUUCCCAUUUCCAGGACUCAAGUCCGACUAUAUGAAAAUAACCGGUUUCCCUGAAUCCCUUCACUAAAUAUUACCUGCUCACAAAUAACAAAAAGGCACAAUACCGUGACUGGAACGAUACACAAAUAACCCGCACAUAAAAGAGAGAAGCUUACGACGACGUUUCGGUCCGACUUGGACCAUUGACAAAGUGACUUUGUCAAUGGUCCAAGUCGGACCGAAACGUCGUCGUAAGCUUCUCUCUUUUAUGUGCGGGUUAUUUGUGUAUUACCUGCUCACACUCCAACAGAUCGUCAGGUCCCAAGUACCAUUCAUCUCCAUUCACUCCUAUCUAACACGCUCAUGCACGCUUGCUGGAAGUCCAAGCCCCUUCCAGAUAACUUAAUAUAUUCACUAAUUCCAUUUGCAUUAAAUCUGGUAUAACACCUUCCGUUCAGUUUGACAUUUAAUCUUUCAUUCCCAAAACUUCUUAUUCUCAUCACUCAUUAUUUAAUCACUUUCAACUUCUUCAUUUAUACCCUAAUCUGAGACUCUCCAAUUAAAACCUUUUACAACUUUUAAUAGUGGACCAUCUUUUCCAUACACUUAAACACUAGCCACAUCACUUCUUUUUCCACCCUGUCUUAUGCCUCUUUUUCAAAUCCAUAAUGCAUUGUAUGCAUUUGUAUGCUGCAGUGCUUGAUCCACACAUUGCUUUCCUUUGCUUCCUAUAACCACAUUGUUCCUAUGUAAUCCUACUUUGUCUUUCCCAUGACUAUUUUGAUAACUCUUGUGCCAUGCAUUUCACCCAGUGGUGUCAACAGACUUAUUUCUUUAUAAUUCUUGUGUUGUCUAUUCACUUUUUCUCUUGUACAAAGGAACCACGUCAGCUCUGGCAUUUUCAGUUCUGCUAUACAAUUCAUAAACUUAGCAUGUACUCCAGUCAUUCCAGUCUAUAUGCCUACAUGUUUUCAGCAUCUCAGUCUUCAUCCCAGCCAGUCUUGUUGCAUUUUUAGGUUCAGUCUGUUUACUGCCUCACUCACUUUCUUCAUCCUCACUUAAGAAUCUUUCUUUCUGUCCCAUGCAUAAAGUCUGUACUUCCAUUGCAUCAUCUACAUUUAACAAAAUAAUUCUCCAUAUCUCUUAAUACACUGUUUCUCAACCUCUGGUAUCAAUUCAAAUCAGGGCCAUGAAACUUUCUUGGGAGAAAGUUGGUAUGCAGUUUUAUUUUCAAGCCAUAAAACCUUUACUGGAUGGAUUGUUAUGCUGUAUGUAUUGAUGGAGCUUCACUUAUAAAGGAAAAUUAAAUGGGCUUCUGUGCCCACGUGAAAGUGGUCAUCUCUAAUGUUGUCAUUCAUUGCUUCUUGCAUCAAGAGAACUUGUAUUCUGGAGGAUUGUAAUCAGAUCAUGUACUGUGAUAAUGGUAAAAGGAUCUCCUCAUUUAAAUUAGCUGGUUGAGAUUUCCUAAGAAACCUUGGUGAAACUGCAGGCCAAGAUGGAUUGAUAUGUGCUCCACAACAUUGAACUUCUGAAGCAUUGUUGGAUAAGAAAUGAUUUGAUGAUCAUAGAUUCUAAGAACUCCUUAACUUUUGGGAAGUUCAACUUUAGUAUGAGAAAUUUGCUCAAGUUUCUUUGUUAGUUCUGGGCACAGCUGCAAAGCAAACCUCUAAUAAAAAGUUUCAUAACGUAGAAAAUCUCUUUCUUGUGUUCUCAACUUUCUAAUUUUUCAACUUCUCUUUCUCUUUUCAUCUCUGUAUUGCACAGUAUGUUUUUUCUUGGUAAAAAUCCUUUAUAGACUAUAUAUUUUUUUUUUUCUUUUACCACCCUUUCCUCCACAUAAUACCAAUCAUUCCUCUUCCUGCCUGGACUAACCCUUCUAUAAACCCAGCCAUUACAUUGUUGAAUAAAACACCAUACCUCUUUGAUAUUUCCUUCAUUACUUUGUCUGUCAUUGGUCAGUCUUACUUCCAGCCACUGCUCAUAUUGUACGUCUUACUAAUCAACCCCUUCACUUUUUUUUCCCACUGACACUGUUACCCUGUACCCCACCUCCCUCCAUCUAGCUUCCACUAGAAAAUGAUCAAAUGUAUCAUUCACUCUGACAUCAUGUAAAUCCACAAGUCUACCCUUCAACCUUCUGUUCACUAAUACAUAAUCUGGCAGUGAUGGACAAAAUUUGCUGUGAGGAGCUUCAUCAAGAUAUUUUCCCUGUAGAAGUAGCUUCAUCGGUCUGUGGCUGAAGAAGCCAGUUCUACAGGUGAAAUGCCUCAGUCAAGUUUCUGUCUGCAAAUUUCUAGUUUUAUCCACUUGUCAGCCAGCCUUGCACCAUUCAUCUCCACAGUCUAAUACAUAAUCUAAUAGACUAUUCCUGUUGUGCACUUCAUCAUGCUUCAAACCAUUGUGCACAAAGUAUAAUAGAUUUGUGAUGACAUCCUUUGACUUGUAAUGCUCUCUUUCAUUGAAGUUUGCAUUUUUCCAAUAUUCUCACUUAACUACAGUGUAGCUUUUGAAUGAAGAUUAACCUGCAUGGUGUUGGGUUUUUUUUACAUUUUGCUGUAGUGAAUAUCACUUGAUUGCUUUCUAGAGUUGUUGUCCAAUUUCAAGGCAGUAACAUAAUCCAGUGGUCAUGGCAAAUGUAAGUGGCAGUCAGUUCAGCAGUUUUAAAAUUUGAAAAAGAUUUAUUGGAAAUAUGCUCCUAAUAUUGUAAUUCAACAAUCACUGUAGUACCUAAUGAGGAACGAGUGAUCUAAGUUGGAAAUUUAUACAUGUGUUUUGCUGUGAUUUUUUAAAAUAAAUCUUUCAUUACAUUUAUAACUUGGAAUAAUUAUUAAAAAUAUAUUAGAUUUAGAUUAAGUGUUAGAUUAAUGUGUACUACAUUCAAAAGUGAUUGAUAUGUAUAUUUACAAAGUUAGAUAAAGGUCAACACAAUCAUGUAAUUAAAACAAACUUGUCUUAAACAAUUUAAUUAUAAUUCAACCUUUGCAUAACUUUUAAAAGAAAAAUUUUGUACCAUGUUUAUGUCUACUAGUCAUUUAAUUAUCACUUAUAGCUCUUGUGAUGGCAAUGGAACAUUAUGUUAAUAAACAGUGCCCAUUUCUA